GGGCUGCUCAGCGGCGGGGCUGCCUUGAGGAGUGUCCCUCGUUCGCUCGCCUCCUUCCGCUCACCUGCUGCUGCCGCCGCCGCCGCCGCCAGCCGCCGCCUCUUCCUUCCUCGCUUCCGACCUGCCAGAUACGGCCCUCCCGCGCGGCACGAGCAGGCCUCGCUCUCCUCUUAACCCUCUCGUGGCCGAGCCUCUCCUUUCCUUCCUUCCUCCUCCUCUUCCUCUUCCUCGCGCCCCGAGCGGAGCCGGUGGGCGGCGCGGCCAUGGCGGACACGGCGCAGAACGGGCCCAUGCAGGGAGGCGCGGGCGGCGGAGCCGUGCAAUUUCUGAUUACUAAUAAGUUGGAUACAGCAAUGUGGCUUUCCCGUAUAUUCACAGUUUACUGUUCGGCUUUAUUUGUCCUGCCUCUUCUAGGGUUGCAUGAAGCAGCUAGCUUUUAUCAACGUGCCUUGCUGGCAAAUGCUCUUACCAGCGCCCUUCGACUUCACCAAAGGCUACCACAUUUUCAGCUAAGCAGGGCAUUCCUGGCUCAAGCCUUGCUGGAGGACAGCUGCCACUACCUUUUGUAUUCCCUCAUCUUUGUCAAUUCCUACCCUGUUACAAUGAGCAUUUUCCCAGUUCUGUUGUUUUCUUUGCUUCACGCUGCCACCUACACAAAGAAGGUUCUUGAUGCACGAGGUUCAAAUAGUCUUCUUUUCCUAAGAAAUCUCUUGGACAAGUUAAAUGCUAAUCAGCAAAACAUCCUGAAAUUUAUAGCUUGCAAUGAGAUCUUCUUGAUGCCGGCUACUGUGUUUAUGCUUUUCAGUGGGCAGGGAAGCUUGCUGCAGCCAUUUAUUUACUACAGAUUUCUUACACUCCGUUAUUCCUCCCGCCGAAAUCCAUAUUGCCGAACCCUCUUCACAGAACUUCGGAUAGUCGUUGAGCAUGUCAUCAUGAAACCGUCCUGCCCAGCAUUUGUACGAAGGCUCGGCGUCAGCAGCAUUUCUUUUAUAAGCAGACUGGCACCAACAGUUGCAUAGUCAAUACUGGAAACAUGCGUAUGUUUGUCUGAUGAACUUUCUAAGCAGCUGGUAUUUCUGCUGGUGAUUUAUAAAUUCUGGAUCUCAGUCAAGGUUGUAUGGAAACAUGUUUUCUUCCAAGAGCCUGUUCUGUGAAUUGUACCCUAUAUGUUUAAAAAGUCUUGUUUUUCAAGAUGUUUCCGUGCUUUGUGGAAGAUGAAUGCUUGCCAUCUUAGACAGAAUACUUUCCAAUGCAAAACAAGGACGACAACCCUGCAUUGUACAAUAUGGCUUUUGUGCUGUCAUGUAUGUCCUCUUCGAUACUGAAUGAAAAUACUCAUUUUUAUUUUUUUUAAAGGUCCAGGCAAUACUAGCUGGAUUGUGUCUAACAAGCUAUAAGCUGUGGCUGCAACAUAACUAGUAGCCUCUUAGGAGUACCUAUUGAAAUCUCUACCCAUGCGGUACAUUUGAGUCAGUAUUCCUUCCAUUCAGUAAAUGAGACAAGUUUAGUCAAUUGAGUAAAUCAUUGUGGUCAAUACAAAUCAAUUGGCAUCUACUUCAAAUGUGAACAGUAGAACGAAGCGUCAAAUUUCACUGUUCUGAUUUAUUUAAUGCUUUUGAAAUGGAAAGCUCUCCACCCUUCCCUAAGUACUUUAUUUCUUUGUAAAGUAAAUAUUUCUCUAGAUCAUCUGAAUGCCCUAUUUUUUCCUGCCUUCCAAAAAGCAGGCUUCUUAAAAUGCCAGUCUUUGAAAAGUCUGAAUAAUAAAGAUGGAUGUUACAUUAAUUUUCAAUAUACAUUGGAAGCGUUGCCCUUGCGAGGUAAUUUUUAAAGUUCAUGCAGUUAGGCUAGUUCCAAACACCAUUGCAUACUCAUGGUGCAAUGCUAAACAUGACUGUAGCUGUAAAUUACAUUAUGACAUGGGUCUGCCUUCCAAGUUAUGAGCAUGAACCUUCUCUCUUCCUCUACCUUCAGUUUGUAUGCAUGGGCACAAUUGCAGAUGUGUCGGACCAUAAUGUGGAGUGGGCAUGCGUCUCCUGACCCAGCCCUUUCUCCUGUAUACAUGGUCAGGAAACUGAGAGGAUGUGACUGUGGGAACACAGCUCUGUUGCGACCUCAUAGGACUUCUGUCACUGGGGGUGCUGCGCCUGUACAGGGAAGCAUCCUGCCCAUCAUGCUCAAACUAGAGGAACUAUUACGUAUGUAAAGCAGAGGUGUGGAAACUCUGGCCCUCCAGAUGAUGUUGCUCUCCAACUCGCAUCUUCCUCAGCCAGCAUGGUCAGGGGUCAGGGAUGAUGGGAUUGCUAGUCUAAGACCUGGAGGGUCACAAAUUUCUCACCACAGGGAUAAAAUAAUAUUGCAGUACUUCUCCCCUAGAACAGCCCCACUUCCCAGUGGAAGUGGGGCUGUUGUCUUACAAAGCAGAGGUAAUUGGAAGCCUGGUCAUUUGCUAUUUCAGCAUACCAAGAAGGAAAAAACUGCACAAAUUGGUUCACUUAGCAGAUUCAGCAACCUAAUAGUUUUGAUUCCCAUGAUAAGCCGGUUAUUGAAUGUCCUGAGGACUGAAGAGCAUUUUAAACUGAGUUGCGUCACACUUGCAUAACUUGCCUUCUUCCUCUUUAAGCAGAGCUGCCCAACUUUUUUUAAAAUUUUGGUCUGAGGGUUACAUUCCUGUAGUCCAGGCUUCCUCAACCUCAGCCCUCCAGAUGUUUUGAGACUACAUUUCCCAUCAUCCCUGACCACUGGUCCUGCUAGCUAGGGAUCAUGGGAGUUGUAGGCCAAAAAAACAUCUGGAGGGCCGAGGUUGAGGAAGCCUGCUGUAGUCAACCCACCUGGGGCUGCACACACUUGUACACACAGGUACAUAGCCCAUCCCUUUGCAGUUGAUCCUUGCAGAUCUGCUGAGAAAAGGGCUCCCCUCCCCCGCUCCUGAAAUGGUAACUGGGGAAGGGUUAUUUACAUAUCCACCAAGAGUCUGGGCAGAGAAAUUUAAGCCGUUCUGAUCACCCCAGUGCUGUGAUUACUUGGGUUUUCUUGGUUUUCAUUUUUUAUGUCACCCCCAGAAAAAAAUAUGAGUGUGGGUUUGUUUUGGGGAGGCAGAAAAAGUUGGGGUUUGGGGGGGCGGAGGGCAAUCAAUUUAGGCUCUUGGGUCAGGGCCUAGGCAUCUGUGUCUAGCCAAACACCUUGGUGUUUAUUAAAAUUCUUCCUGGACCUGAGUUAGGAGGUUGGUGUAGGCAGGUUGCUGUUUUUCAUUGCUCUCCUGCCCCCACUCCCAGUUCCUAACUAUGCAGGAGUAUUCAGUUGUGUGAUAUUUCCCAGUCGAGCUGUUGGUGUAUACUUGGUCCGAAUCACGUAAUAUUAUUUGGACCACUCAGAAAUACAACCUGUUCCUGAGAAAUACUCGGGAGAGGUUUUGCAUAAUGAUAGCUGAUGGUUUAGUGAACACAUGUCCUAAACGCGCAACCCAGUCUGGGUAUUUCCUUGAGAUAAAUCCUCACUAAGUGUUCCGGGAUUACUCUUGAAGCCAGGGAUAGCAAGAUCUAGGCAUCCUAAAAAGGGCCAGGAAGUAUGUACGUUACAGCCAUAGUCUUCUAUGAUAUCUGAUGGGGAACGUGCGCUGGGGAGAUAUGUAAACUUGUGUGUUUGUGUGUGUGCGUCUUCUCCUUAAAUGGAAGGCACUGCGCUGUCAGCUUGUUGCUGUUUAUGAAGAUUAAAUUCUAUUUUUCCCAUUGAGUGCCUGCAUUUUAGAACUGAGGAAUUUGCCCAGGCACUAUACUUACUCAUUGAUUUUUCUAAGCCACUUCAUGAUUUAGUGUCUUAACAACUGCAUGAACCGAAUGAUACAUUUAAAUAGUUUGGAACGGUGCUGCUGUUUUUAAAACUUAUGUUUCCUUGUAACUACCUUAUUUCUUUUUGAUUAAAUGUGAAUGCCAUUUAGAUUGAACUCAUUCAUUAGCUUGUCGAUAGCCCACCCUGCGCAUUGCUUGCUAAACUUCCGGGUAUGGACAAAUGCAGCUUUAAAAAUGGCUGUGUACGGCUGGUUGAUUGCACUCCUUUUAGCUUUUUGGCUCAUAAACAUCUACUUAUAGGGAAGGCGCACACUAGUGUGCAGGAAUGCUUCAUGAGUUUUUUCAUCUAGGCUCUCUUGCUUUGAGGAUUUUAUAAAAAUUUCUACAGCAAUAAAGUGACUGUUGUGGUAGCCUGGAAUGAAAUGUCUGAACCUAUUUUAACGUUAUUUGUAGUUGUAUGUUGAAUCCCGAGGCUUGGAGUGUAAUUCCAUUAGAGGAAAAGAAACACAACAGAGUCCUCACCCCAAUCCAGCUGCAACUGCAGGCAACAAAACUCACAUAACUGGUCACUCAGGAAUGUACUGUACAUCUGCAUUCUUAUGAAUCUCAAUAAACAUAGCUUUGCCGAUGGACUGCUGCAUCAGUCCUCACCCACAAUGCUCGGUGACCACGCUUGCAAAGUCAGAGUGAGUGUUUGUAUGCCAUAUCUAUCUAUCUAUCUAUCUAUCUAUCUAUCUAUCUAUCUAUCUAUCUAUCUAUCUAUCUAUCUAUCUAGCUAUCUAGCUAUCUAUCUAGCUAUCUAUCAUCUAUCUAUCAUCUAGCUAUCUUUGGAUCUCUUGAAAGACUGUUUUUUCAGAGCUCUCGGGGUUACACCCCUCCCAGAACUAUUACUUAAUCAAGACAACUGGUUCCCGAGUAUGAUUUUAAACGUCGGGAUUUACAGCUAACUCAAUUCCACUAGUGUACUAUAUUUUAUUGCCUUCUGUAUAAAAGUUGGGGUGCAAAGAUCUGUUUGGUAGUUUCCAGCCAAGAGUCUUGCAGGUCUAUUACAAACAGCUGCUAAAAGUCCCCUCCAGUUUCAAAGCUGUGUACUGAGCAGCAGGAGGGCAGCAGUUGAGGGGCAGAGGUAAUCUACAGCCCCUCCCCUGGGCUCCUAGAAGUUGUUUUGUGGUAAUUGAAUCUUAGCCGAAGGCCUUUGAACUGGAGAAUGAAAAAUCUUCCUUCUUACCCCCCUGUGCCCAGAGCUGUGUAUACUCUCUGCUAAAAGUAGAAAUUUGCAUCCCAAAAGACGCAUGCGAGGUCCUCUGUAACAUAUGCAAAUGGAGUAUAUUUGCAUAAUUUCUCAAGUAACUCAAACAUGUUGGCUGUUUUUCAUAACUCUUGUAUUGGUUCUGGGGGCCUGACCUGCCAGCACAGCCAAAUGGCUGUUUAUACUGCAGAUCGGAUCCAAGAAGACAUGUGCAGAGCAUCAUCUCGGCCUGUGCAUGUGGGGCCUUAGCUGGUGCAGGGAACAGAUGGGUGCUAAAAAAGUCCUUUGUCAGCUAUUGGGCAGGGAAAGGGGCUGCACUGGAAUUGAAUCCAGUUCAAGCAUCUGUUUUAGAAGGAUUUUAGCUUCCUGCACAGCCCAUAUGUCAGAUUGGGCCUACCUAAAAAUAAAUCAAGUUAUACCAGUCUGUUCAAAUGGUACAUUCCACAUAUUUCCAUGCAGAAGACCUGCUCCUUCCUUGGUAACGGCGCCAUUUUUAGGUGGCAGAUUGCUGCUGUACCCUGGCUGGCAGGGGCUGAGCACACAUUUCAAAAAAACCAAUUGAAAAAUUCAUCACUUUCCCUGUCUUCGAGGACUGAGGCACAAAAUGCUAAUGCCGGCCUCAGAGGGGAAAUAGUUCUCCUGCAUAUUUGAGAAAAUGUGAAACCCUUUCAAGGAAAUCUAAUAAACAUAAUCAUCGCAGCCUGCUGACACAAAGGAAAAAGGACCCUCAUUCGCUCUUUCUUUUUUAUGCUGCAAUUUAGUGGCCCCUGCUGAUUUACAAAUUGGAUCACAACCGUAAAUUAUCCAUGCCAGUACCUGUGAAAGUAAGCGCCGAGAUCCAUAUUUAUUUGGAGUUCUGCUUAAAUCAGCAAAAAUGAUAAAUUCGAUGGUCUGAAAUUGGAAAUACCAAGGGCUUUCUGCAAUGAUUGUGCAAAAUGUCUCAGCUCGUAAUUUAUUGUGACCCUCUUUCAUUCACGACGCUCUGUAUGCCUAAUAUUUAUUUCAACGCAAAUUAAAUUGCACCCUCCUAUGUUGUCA